AUGUUCCACAACGACGCCCGCGGCGCGUACACCGCGCUCGAGCUCGAGGACGCCGCCGAUCAGCAGCGCGCCUUCUGCCCCUCACCGGUGCCCCCCGCCAGCGAGGCCUCCGCGCCCGUGCGCUGGCUGAUCAUCGCCUGCCUCGUCUCCUGCGCCGUGUCGGCGCUCAGCCUCGGCUUGACGACGUUCUGGGCUGCUCCCUACCCUGCGCUCAAGCCCGCGUCCGCGCCGCGCUUCCCGAGCGCGUACAUCGGGCUGGAGCGCGUGGACGUGUCGCCGCGCAUCCUGGCCCUGCCGCCCGUGCCCAACUACCCGCUCCUGCUCUCCAGCGUGGACCGCAGCAAACCGAAGGACGCGGACACGAACGGGACUGUCUUCCAUCACACCACCGUGAUGCAAUUCCGCGUGCACGACUACGGGCUGGAGCGGUGCACGCUGAACAUAACCGUCCCCGCGCCGUCCGAGCUCGGCCCGAAGACCUACCACGCCUCGCGCACCACGCAGCCGCUCGACGUGUGGACGCUCGCCGCCGCCGCGCUGCGCCCGCGCACGCUCUCCUGGGCUGCGCGCCCCGCGCGCCUCGCGCGGCUCGGUACGCUGGACUUCGCCGCCGGUACCUCCAGUGACAUCCCGUGGUUCUCUUGCCCCUCCGACUCGCUGCAGACGUUCGAGUUUGCGUGCCCGCGCGGCGAUGCGGAGUGCAGUGUGAGAUUCAGGCAGGACCGCGCGGCGCCUUUGUUGGAUCCCGCGCAGCGCUUCUGGAUCCUCACUCAGCUGGAGCAAUGA